AUGGACGCACAUGCGCUGCUAUCCUCCCAAGGUUGGAGGGGUACCGGCCACUCCCUCCACAAGACCGACGACUCGAUCGGACUCGCGAAACCUCUACUCUUGAAUCGCAAAGACAAUACCAAAGGUCUGGGCCAAAAACAACACUUCACCAGUGACCAAUGGUGGAUGAAUGCUUUCGACGAGCAACUUAAAGGCAUCGACACUUCCAAAAAGGGAAAGGUGGUACAGACUCUCACAACCGGCAAGCUCAACGUUAUCGACAAGAACCUCGGAAAAUAUUCUGUCUACUCAACUUUCGUCCGAGGCGGGUUCCUCGAAGGAACAAUAGACAGACUAAAACUCAAUGACUCAAGCGCAGAGUCAUCGGAUACGGAUUCCAGCGAUCAGAAGGACUCGAGUAAAUCCGACAAGGACAAGCCUCGAAAAGAGACCAAGGAAGAAAAGAGAGUACGAAAAGAAGAGAAGAAGAAGCGCAAAGAGGAGCGUGCAGUAAAGAGAGCCGCGAAGGCUGCGCGCCGAGAGUUGAAGAAGUCAAAGAAAUAUUCCAAAUCGUCAAAGUCAUCAGCCGAAUCAAGCGACGCAGACGAGGAGAAGCGGAGGCGACGGGCAAAGAAAGAAGAAAAGAGAAGGCAAAGAGCAAAGGAAGCUGGAAAAUAG